UUUAUCUAAAACUUGAUUACGUAUGCAGUAUAAAUACUUCUAUUUCCACGGCCAUUUUUCUUCUAUCAUCAAUCUCAAUAAGGCUGUUUUAAUCUUGCUAAGUUGCAUGAAGUGAACUAAUGAUGGCGACCAAGAGUGUUCUGUUGCUGCUGCUUUGUUUGAAUGUGGUGUUGUUUCUGGUGAAUGCUGCCCCAUCAACAUGCCCAGCCGAUAAUCUUGGUAGCAAAUGUGAUGAAUCAGAUGAUUGGAAAGGGGAAUUCUUCCCUGGCAUUCCAAAGAUUAAGUAUGAGGGUCCAACUACAAACAAUCCACUUGCAUUCAAGUGGUAUAAUCCGGAAGAAAAGAUUCUUGGGAAGAAAAUGAAGGAUUGGAUGAGAUUCAGUGUUGCAUUUUGGCACACAUUCCGUGGAACAGGUGGUGAUCCAUUUGGGGCACCUACAAAAUUUUGGCCGUGGGAAGAUGGUACCAAUUCAUUGGCUAUGGCCAAAAGAAGAAUGAGAGCAAACUUUGAGUUCAUAGAGAAACUUGGAGUUGAUUUGUGGUGUUUCCACGACAGGGAUAUAGCUCCUGAAGGAAAAACCCUUGAGGAAAGUAAUAAAAACUUGGAUGAAGUGGUGGCCCUUGCGAAAGAGCUUCAGGGGACCAAGAUUCAUCCAUUGUGGGGUACAGCUCAGUUAUUUGUGCAUCCUCGCUUUAUGCAUGGUGCUGCUACUAGCUCUGAAUUAGGUGUCUAUGCGUAUUCUGCAGCUCAAGUCAAGAAGGCCAUGGAGGUCACACAUUAUUUAGGGGGAGAAAACUAUGUGUUUUGGGGUGGUCGUGAGGGUUAUCAAACUCUCUUGAACACAGAUAUGGGAAGAGAGCUUGAUCAUUUGGCAAGAUUUCUAGAAGCUGCUGCUACCUACAAGAAGAAGAUUGGGUUCAAUGGGACUCUGUUGAUUGAGCCCAAGCCUCAAGAACCUACAAAACACCAGUACGACUGGGAUGCUGCAACAACAGCUAACUUCUUAAGGAAGUAUGGUCUCAUAGAUGAGUUUAAACUAAACAUUGAAUGUAACCAUGCCACCCUGUCUGGUCACAGCUGUCAUCAUGAGCUUGAAACUGCAAGACUCAAUGGUCUACUUGGAAAUAUUGAUGCAAACACUGGCGAUCCUCAAGUUGGUUGGGAUACAGAUCAAUUCUUGACUGAUGUUGCAGAGUCAACUAUGGUUAUGCUCAGUGUAAUCAGAAAUGGAGGGCUAGCCCCAGGAGGAUUCAACUUUGAUGCAAAAUUACGAAGAGAAAGCACAGACGUUGAGGACUUGUUCAUCGCUCAUAUUACUGGAAUGGAUGCUCUAGCCCGUGGACUUCGAAAUGCUGCCAAGCUCAUUGAGGAUGGUUCUUUGGCCGAGCUUGUCCGCAAGCGAUAUCAGAGCUUUGACACUGAAGUUGGGGCUAAAAUUGAGGCUGGUAAGGCUGAUUUUGAAUAUCUUGAGAAGAAAGCCAUGGAAUGGGGAGAACCCAAGGUUCCUUCUGCUAAGCAGGAACUUGCGGAGAUGAUUUUUCAAUCUGCAAUGUAAAGAUAAAAGCAGCAAUGAAAUGUAGAGUUCACUAAUAAGAUAGAGAGACAUUAGGCACAUGAAGAAGUUAUCUAAAUAGUUGGUUCAGCCGACUCCAUUUUCCCCGUUUCUGGUGAAAUGGAUCUUCUUAUGUUUGUAGGUAUGACAAUGUUUUUUUUUGGGUCCAGUAUAAAUUAUAUCAUAAAGUGUGGUUUCUGGGCAUCUGUUAACUUAUUUAGAUUUUUUAAUAGACUUUUUUUAACCAUAUAAUAUGGUUCUAUAUAUAUCUCUUAUCUU